CUGGGGAGCUGGGUAGCUGGGGCAGCUUCCGGACGGGUGAUGAUUUCAUGACUUUUUUGAGCUUUCCAUCCGCGUCCGGAACGGCAUCGAACCACCUUCGGAAGAAAUCUGGCAAUCACCUAGCGCCGAACCCGGUCGGCAUUUCAAUUGACUCCAUCACCGUCAAUCCGGCUCGCUCUCUCCUUUCGUCUAACUGCACUUUGUCAUCUCCAAUUAGUGCUGGUGCUCAUCUAAUUGGUUCCUCCGGUCACUCUCAUCUCAUACACCCUCCCGUCCAUCUCACUCACACUCUCAUCAUGUCAACCUCAGCCGUAGCAAAGAAGCUCGUGGUGUGCGGCGGCAACGGCUUCCUCGGAUCAAGAAUCUGCAAGUAUGCCGUCGCCAGGGGCUGGGACGUCACAUCCAUCAGUCGCUCAGGCGAGCCCAAAUGGUCCGCCGUAACCUCAUCACCAUCCCCUCCCCAAUGGUCACACAAAGUCUCCUGGGAGCGCGCCGACAUGCUCAGCCCAGUAACCUACGCGCCCCUCCUCAAGGGCGCCGACUACGUCGUCCACAGCAUGGGCAUCCUCCUCGAAGCAGACUACAAGGGCGUCGUCUCGGGCCAGGAGUCCCCCGUCUCGGGCCUGCAAAAGGCCUUCGCCCCCGUCAAAGACCGCGGCGUCGACCCCCUAAAGACCUCCGCCGAGCCCGGCGGCGGCCCCGGGGCGGACCUCAAACCGCCCAACCCGAAGGACCAGUUCUCCUACGAGGUCAUGAACCGCGACAGCGCCAUCGCUCUGGCCAAGCAGGCCAACGCUGAGGACGCAAAGGCCUUUGUCUACGUCUCUGCCGCUGGCGGGGCGCCUGUCCUGCCCGCGCGGUACAUCACCACCAAGCGCGAGGCCGAGAGCACCAUCGCCAGCGAGUUCCCGCGGAUGCGCGGCAUCUUCCCCAGGCCGCCCUUCAUGUACGACAGUUCGAGGAAGUUCACGCUGCCCCUGGCCGCCAUGACGGGCGCGGGUGCCCUGUUCAACAGACUGACCGGUGGCGUGUUGAGCGGGUUCAUGGGCGCGAGCGGCGUGAAGCCUCUGCCGGUCGAGACCGUCGCGGAAGCAGUGGUGGAAGCACUUGAUGAUGUCAAGGUCCAGGGUCCGAUUGAGGUUCCCGAGCUUGAGGAGUUGGCAACCAAGGGUUGGAGGAAAACGAUGCUCUGAUUUAUCGAGAAAAUUGUAUUUGUAAUAUGCCAUAGACUGUACCAUCCCUCAAUGCGAGGCCUUGAAAUGGA